AUGGACGACUUCUUGCAGGAGCGCACCGAUGCCUCCCAGGCGGGAAAAACAGCAAGAAUCCGUCACGACUCGGACAGCGACACGGUUCCGAACACUCCCACAAAAUCUGACUCCGCGGGGUCAUAUGUCAGUGGACCAGAAAGGAUAUCCCCGGCUGUUGUGCCCGAGACGCCCCAGCCACAUCACUCAGCGGAUUUUCAGGACAGCCCUGCUGUUACCAUGGAGUUGCAAUUAAAUGCUGACCAUGGUUCUCUCUCCAACUUUGAUCCGACUUCUCGACUUGUUCAAACGUGUAACAAACAACGCCACCCAUCAGACCGGGAAUUCACCGACGAUCAGAAUCGCAGAAAGCAGGAGAGCACCCAACGUGCAGGUUUUGGCCGUCCUUAUGCGCAGAUGGCCUCAGGUGGACUAAAGGCCGUCAAACUAGCCAAAAUACCCAAGUUGACGAACAUGGAAUUGGUACGUAGUGCAACUUGCAGUUCACAGAGACGUACAAUUUCGGUGCUCCAAGAGCUUACUUAA